GAUAGCAUUGCAUCUGCGCAGACGGGUCAGUGCGUUGUUACUGCUUGAAGUAGACGGGCGCUCCGAUUUAAAUAGUUCUAAUUCCGUUGUAAACGGAAGAUUUCAUCGGAGUUUUACACCCUUUUUUGUCGUGGACAAAAAAUUAACGGGUGAAUCAUUUAAUUCAUAAUAAUCUGUCGUGGACAGAUUUUCUUUAGUAUACUUACCAAUUAAUACAACGAGUUCGCAGAACACGUGCAUGACUAUGGCAUCCGCCAUGUUGAAAAAGUCGGAACGCGAGAAAGAUUCAAGAGGGAAGAGCACCAAGCCUGAAUCAGUCUCGCUACCAGUGCAAUUUCCGUUGACUACUAUUUCACAUGAAAGUUUUUUUGAACGAAUGAGCUCGCCGAGCACGAUACAUGUGACAAAAAAUACUGUCGGUCAAGGAUCAUCACGAUCUACUAUGGCCACCAGGACAGAGACAUGUACUUCACCUCAAAAUCAAGUUAAUGAAGAAACCAGAAAUGAGUCUGUUGAAAACAGAAAUUCUCAGAAUUUUGACAAUUUGGCCAAAUGCUUAGAAAUGUUGACGAACACUAUCACAGCCGGUUUUCAAGGACUUAAGUCGGACAUGGCUGAACUUGUUUGUGAGAAAAGUGACAAUAACUAUGUAGACAAUAAUUAUGAGUCUGAUGAAUUUUACUCUGAUGGUGAAAUUUAUGAGAAAGACAGCGAGUCAAAUACAAUGACUGUGGAUGAUUUAUUGUCAAAAACAAAACUGUCGGGCUCAAUAUCCGGUAAACCUGAUUCCGGGAAAAAUGAAAACGAAAGUGGGUCACAGUCGAGAUUUAUGAAAGUCGCUUCUGAACAAGUAACUUUGCAAGACGUUACAACAGAGCCCAUACACAAAGACUUAGCAAAACUUGUGAACGAUCUUAUGUUCAAGGUAAAAAUUGACAAAAAGUUGGCCGAACAGGUGAAAGAAUCUGCUGAGAAAAUCAAACGACCAGAAAAUUGCGAGAGUCUCGUGUGCACAAAAGUCGAUGAAUUGAUAUGGAACAGAUUACAAGUUCCAACCAAGUCGCUUGACAGCAGAUUUCAAUACGGUCAACUCUUUUUAGUGAAAAGUGUGACAGUACUUGUAAACAUUUUGGAUAAGAUUGUGUCAAACAAAGAUGUAGAAAAAGAAGAGUUAGUCAGAGAACUGAUCAAGACUGUUGAAAUGCUCAGUUAUUCGAAUUACGAACUCAACAUGAGACGAAGAGAAUGUUUAAAAAGUGACAUAGACAGUGUGAAUUAUUUGUCACUUUUUUCGUCAGGAGUUCCUAUAAACCAGUUCCUUUUUGGGGGAGAAUUGGGAAAACGCUUAGAUGAAAUUGAAAAGACCAAUAAAGCAGUCAAUAGAGUUAUGACAAGCAAGAAUAUGAGACGAGGCACCUUUCAUGGAGCUCGAGGUCAGAGAUUUCAACCUUACUCCAGACCGUCUGGGUCACAGGGCUAUUUCCGAAGCAGGAAUGCCCCUUUUUUAGGCCAAACUUCCAAGAGAGGGAAUUACAACAGGAAGUUCACAAAAGGCAAAAAGAAACAAGAAUGAUUAUUGAUGGGUGUCAUAAGUCGAGUGCUUCAAAAGAUUCAGAAGGAAAAGGCAGAGGGGGUGAUGGUAGUCCCUGUAUGGCCGACACAGACAUGGUACACAAGUCUGUUGGAACUGUUGGUGGAUGUUCCUCGAAUAAUUCAAAAAGAACAGGGCUUGCUGAAACUACCGCAUUCCGAAGAGAAGCAUUCGAUGAAAAUAACUUUGAUGGCAUGUCGUGUGUCUGGAUCAAAUUCCAAGAACAAGGAAUUUCGCGAGACGUAUUACAAAUCAUCAAAGAAUCGUGGAGAGGAUCUACCAGGAGUCAGUAUGCAACAAUCAUUAAGAAAUGGACAAGCUUCUGUGGUGAAAGGAGUAUUCAUUUUUUUCAACCAACUAUAAAUGAUGUGUUAGAAUUCUUGUUAAAAUUAUAUAAGGGAAAUUUAAGUUACAGUUGUAUAAAUACUGCCAGGUCGGCAUUAUCAUGUUUUGUAAAGAUCGAUGGUACUGAUGUGGGGAAACACCCAUUAGUCUCAAGAUUCAUGAAAGGUAUUUUUCAACUAAGGCCUACUCUAUCUCGAUACAAUGAGAUUUGGGAUGUGGAUGUUGUUUUUGAUUACAUUAGAAAUAUGAACUGCAAUGAAAUGCUAUCUUUAAAACAGCUCACAUUGAAAACUGUUUCAUUAGUAGCCCUAAUUUCAUCCCAAAGAGUACAAUCUAUUCAUAAUAUAUGUUUGUCAAAUAUGAAUGUUGAUGAUUCAAAAUAUGUGUUUUAUUUAGGUAAGAUUAAACAAUCUAGACCUAGUUGUAAAUCGUUUUAUAUGAGUUUAGAAAGGUUUCCUGGAGAGGAAAAUUUGUGCAUUUUUAAGGCUUUGUCAGAAUAUUUAAAAAGAACAGAAAGUAUCAGAAAUGGUUGUGACAAAGUUUUUAUUAGUUAUUUGAAACCCCACAAGCAAGUAAGCAAAAACACUAUUGCGAGAUGGAUCAAGACUUUUUUGGGUCUUGCUGGAAUCAAUAUAAAGAAAUUCUCAGCACAUAGCACUAGAGCUGCUUCUUCUUCAGCUGCAAUACGGAAUGGUGUACCCAUUACAGAAAUUCUAAACAAAGCAGGAUGGAGUUCUGAAAAAACUUUUUUCAAGUAUUACAAUCUAGAUGUAACAAAAACCAAAUGAUGUGUUUGUGUUUCUUUAAAGUUUUUGUGGAAACAUGCUUUAUUAAAAAGAAAUAAACCAG